AUGGGCGCCAAAUCCGAGCAAUUCGACGACAACGAAGAGGUCAUUGUGGUCCCAAUGCCCGUCAUGUUCAGUGGGUGGAAGUCCCACAGCCGGCAGAAGAAGAUCACUUUGGCUACGCGGUUUAUUCAGAUCAUAUGUAGCCUCGUCACAGCCGGGUCGAUGGGCGUCUGGAUGACCUAUUAUUGGGGAUCCUACUACGCAACGUCCGCAAUCUGGUCGACCACGAUAUGUUCAGUCAUCUCCAUGCUCGGCCUGAUCGCAGUGUCGCGGCCGCGGAAGCUACACUGGCAUGUGAUGGCGUUCCUUGAUAUUGCUGGGCUCGGCGUGGCAACAGCCACUGUCGUCUGUGUCAUUGCGGCUCAGGAGUACUGGUAUUAUCCCACCGCGGCCGGCAUCACUGGCAUAGCGGGGGCUUCGCUGGCUUUGCUAGCGAAUUUGACCAUCAUCAUACAGACCUGCUGUAGACAUAUUCGAGUCUCCCGUGUCCGAAGCAGUGAAGACCUGGAAAUGAGAUCUACUGCUGCCAAGGUGAAGUCGGUUGACGACGAAGCACCGGCAUGGCCUCGCGACAUCCGUCCCUACAGCAUCGAGGAUCGAAUUGUGCCUGCACCGAGCACCUACCACCCUUCUGUUUCCAAUAUUUCCGCUGUCUCUCGGGAAAUCGCAGUGCGGACACCAAGCCAUCGGUCCUCACAGCCUCGGGCAUCCCAUGACAUUUCGACGAAUAGGCUGUCCACCAUUGUUACACAGCAAGUCGACACUGGCCCAAACUCUGCGGACGUGGAUAACAACAGCACGGCGCCUGCUUUGUCUUUGUCCGACGUAUGCGGGUGGAGCAUCACUUCUGGCACGCUUACAGGGGCUCCCAGCUACAGGUCCUCUGCACCAAGCUACGAGAAGUGA